AUGACCCUGGUGCUGCCCAUGCAGCGGCUGGGCCGCCCCAUCGCCGGCGAGGGAGCCGCUGACCUCGCCGCCUACCGCGCCCUCUGGGAGCCGCCCUGCUGCGGCCGCCCCAGCCCCGCCGCCCCGCCGCCCCCUGCCCCACCGGCCGCCGCCGGGCCCCCCGCCGCAGGAUCGCAUUACAGGGGAAUUUCAAAUCCUGCAACAACAUCCAAGAGCACAUACUUUAAAAGGAAAUAUGUGGAAGAAGAGGAUUUUCAUCCACCACUCAGCAGCUGUACACAUAAAAUGAUCUCUGUGUUUGAGGAGCGGGCCCAUAUUCUUUACAUGUCUUUGGAAAAGCUGAAAUUCAUUGAUGAUCCAGAAGUCUACUUGCGGAGAUCUGUACUCAUCAACAAUCUAAUGAAGAGAAUCCAUGGAGAAAUCAUCAUGCAGAACAGUUGGUGCUUCUCCACCUGCUCCUUCAGUGGCACCUCCCCACAGGAGUGGUUUGUGCCUCAGGACUGUCCAUACAGAAAACGCCUUCGGAUGGCAAAGGAGGAGUAUGAGAAGCUCCACGCAUGCUGCUUCUAUCAAGAGUGUGGCAGUCACUAUUUAAAUCUACCCUACUCUGUUAAUGCUAAUACAGAAAAUACUUCUUCCUCUUCUUCCUCCUCUUCCUCCUCCCUCCCCAUUUCUUUGCCAAGCUGUUCCCAGCAGGUGGAUUAUGACAUUGGCAGUGCCCCUUCUUACAGGAGUGAUGACCAGAUACCUGCUAAUGAAAUAUUCAUCACUAAUGCCAGGCCUCACAGUAAUCAGGAAAAGGCAAAAUUUAAUGAUGAGAAAGGAGGUAAUGAACCUGAGCGAGAGAGCGUCACCCUAAACUGUGAACCUGUAAAAGGCACCCAUGCUCUUGAAUGUAAAGGCAAAUUUUAUGACUAUUUUGAGACUGGAUGCAAUGACAAGAGCAACAUAAGUGAAUCUUGGAAAAAAUCCUUAAGGAAAAAGGAAUCUUUACCAAGUAAUAAAAUGUGCUGCAGCAAAGGAAGUAAAAUAUGA